AUGCAGGUCACCGUGAUCGACUCCGGCGAUUUGCCCCCUGGUGCGAUCAUCUCCUUCCACACGGGCACAACGCGCCGGCAUGCGCAGAUCGAGACAGGAAAGGCUAUCGGAGUCACAGGUAUUGGCACAGAGCCCGUGCGAGUCGACCUGAUGACCCAAAUCGGAAGCUACAGCUUCGAUGUGGCUCCUGGCCAGGAUGUCUACGAAGUGCCAAUCGCAGCGGCUCCAAAUCUGGGCGUGCAUGAGGAGGUAAAGCUCAAGUUUCAGAUCCGCGAGACGUCGGAAGCUCCAAAGGAAGAAGCGACCGAGCUCGCUGUGGGCGCCACGAGCACGCCCUCCCGAAAGCUGCAAACAGCGUUGAUGAUGCGCACCUAUUUGGACAACCACGACGUCUUAAGGCAAAUGCAGGAGCUACUGCAGGACAUGGUGGCUAGCAGACCGGAGGACCCUGUGGACUUCAUGAUCAAGCGACUGGAGGCAGUCUGCAAGGACAGCCAGGGCACCGAUUACGAUCUCAUUGACGGAGAGACCGCCGGCACCGUUCUCCCUGCAGAGUCCCCAAAGCCGCAGAAGGAAGCAAACGACAGCGACGAGGACAGCGGGGGUGAUGACGAUGCCCCAGACUUGCCGCCUCCGCCUCCCGUCCAACGCAAGCAGCGACAAUCUGUCUCUGCGGAGGCGUACGGGGCGUUCAAUGAGCGCAAGGCCUACGAGCCAAAGAUUAUCCCCAAGGACGAGUCGCAGAAGGAGCGCUUAGAAAAGGUCCUUCUACAGUGUUGGAUGUUCAAGCACCAUACUCCGGAGAACUUGAAGAUCAUCUUGGAUGCGAUGCAAGAGAAGGUAGUGGAAAGCGGCACCCGUCUCAUCCAGCAAGGAGACGAAGGCGAAGUGAUGUGGGUCAUUGAGGAGGGAGAGCUCGAAUGUUUCAAAAAGAUUGGAGACGAGGAGAAGUCAGUCAAAAAGUGCUUUCGCGGCGAUGUGUUCGGCGAGCUCGCGCUCCUCUACAACUGCCGCCGUGCCGCUUCGGUAGUGGCUUCGCAGAAGUGUGUCUUGUGGGAGCUGGACCGAGAGACUUUUAAAGCCAUAUGCUACGAGGCCGCGCAGAAGGCCCCUCCAGAGUACGAGGGCUUCUCUGCUCCGGGCGGUGCCAGCUCCUCCGCCGCAGCGGCGCCCGCCGCCGCAGCCGCCGAAACACCGGCCCCAGCUCCCAAGGAGGAGCGGGCGGCAUCCAAGGGCGAGGAUGGCGCCGAUUCGGACAGCGACCCGGACCAGCCCGCAGAGUCC